CUCGUCAUGGGUGUUGGAGAGACCAUCACCGUCAUCAACCGCUCGGGCAAGGUGGUGAGCAGCAGCAAGCACCUCGUCAAUGUCUUCAAGGAGGCCAAGUCGGCCUACCGCGAGCGCAAGGCCGAGAUCAAGGCCGAACGCAAUGCUGCCCUGCAGGAGAAGAAGCUUCGCGAAGGCAUCAAGUCCCUCCGACUCGACGACGACGUGCGAUCGCGAGCAUCCUCCCGUCAUUCGAAGCAUUCCAAAGCUACCCACCGUUCGAAAUCGCACCGUCACCCCAAGCCGCCGCUCGAGCGGGGCUUCACCGACAGCUUCUAUGCCAACGACGAGAGCCCUCGACGCAGCCUAAAGACAACACGCUCGCAUUCGGAGCCCCACAUUGACAUGGACCUGGCGUACGGCGAGCUGCCCCCGCCGCUGCCGUCGAGGCGAUACGAUGACGGAGAGCUGCGGGAAAAGGCGUCGAAGCUCACCAUGCUCCUCGACGAGGCCAAUUGUUUACAGCACUCCGUCACCGCCAUGAUCGACAACCUGCAGAAGAACCCUGAUGCCCUUGCUGCGGUCGCGCUUACCCUUGCCGAGAUCAGCAACAUCGUUGGUAAGAUGGGACCCGGCGUCCUAACCGUGCUCAAGGGCAGCUUUCCAGCCGUCGUUGCUCUGCUUGCCAGCCCGCAGUUUAUGAUUGCAGCCGGAGUUGGCGUCGGUGUCACUAUCGUCGCCCUUGGUGGCUAUAAGAUUAUCAAGAAGCUGCAGGCGCAGAAAGACGGAGAGCGCGCCAUGGAAGAGCCCUUACAACUAGACGAGCUAGAGCCCCCGGAGCUGAGUCGCAUUGAGAUGUGGCGUCGCGGCAUCGCAGAGGUUGAAGCCGAGAGCGCCGGCACCACCGUCGACGGCGAAUUCAUCACACCUGGCGCGUCCCGCCAGCUGGUUGCCGCUGGUGUUCUCGACGAAGACGACCUCAAGUCUCGAAGAAGUACCAGAAUGCGAGAAGACGGAGAGCGUGGAUCAAAGUCCCAUCGCGCAAAAUCCGUCCGCAGCUCGAAACCCACCAAGACCGCUUCCCGCAGCAAGACCGUGAAGGAGAAGACUAAGAAGAAGGAGCCCUCUCCUUUGAAGAUGCUUUUCCGUUCACACACUCACAACUGA